AUUGUCCCUCCUCUCGCUACACAGCAAGCUACCUACCUCAUCCUUCGUUUUCUUCCCUUCUUCCCUGCUUCCUGUGCGCAGCCAUUCAUACAUGCAUACGGCACAGCCAAUCGGGGAGAUAUCACGUCGCGUGGUGGCAGGGCAGGCCAAGCCAGGGCAGGCAGGUGCAAGCUAGCGCGCGUGUGUGCCUUGAGGCUUGUGGGACCAUCUUAUCCUGCCGCCGCCGCGACGAUCCAUCCACAAUUCUCUAGUCUCCAGACCGACUCCCAGUGGGCCGCAUCCCCAUCGAAUUCCCCUCAUUCCUUCUUUAUUUCGCCCACGGCUGGGCCAAUCUUUUUCCCUCGCCGACUGCACGCGCGCACAGCGCAGUUGCGGCGACAGCAUUUCACCACUACAGGGCAUACCAAUACGGACGCUGCACUAAGUUCGGGGGCAGAGGGAAGUAAUAGAACUAUAGGUACGACAAGGUUUUCGGGUCUACCGGCGCAGCAACAGGACGACGACACAACGACGACACGACACUAUCACCACUACUGUAAUCAUCACGGCCUUCCUCGCCACCGCCGACGAGGCAGGACGGGACCAGACCGCAAGAGACGCGAGACGGCGGGGCGGGCGGAUAUUGAUACCUUCAUCUCCAGUCUGGCUGCGAGCCAACAAUAGCCGCCGCUGCGCAAUCACCGGCCACCACCACCACCUUCACCACCACCCACACUCGUUGAGCAUACUACUGCCAUCAUGCUGCGUCCCGCAACUCCGCUGUCCAUCGUCUUUUUGGCGGCAUUUGUGCUGCUCCUCCUGAGCACACUAUCCACUCCCGUUAUCAAAAGUAUUCCAUUGGCCUCGUACCAGGGCGUGAAUUUGGGCGUACUGGGCUACUGUAAAGAAGAUGGGACAUGUAAAGGCCCCGUCAUUGGCUACAGUACAGACGGCUUGUUCUCUGGCGGCAGCGAUGCCAACAAUGACGCCUUCUCCCUGCCUUCCGACGCACGUCACAGUCUCUCCUCGAUCCUCAUCGUCCACCCCAUCGCCGCCCUCCUGGCCCUGAUCUGCUUCGGCCUGGCCGUGGCUGCCCAUUUCCACGGACCUUCGCAUUCGCCGAAAUAUCUACUUGCCCUCCUCAUCCUGACUUUUCCCACCUUGCUGGUGACGCUGCUGGCCUUUCUCGUCGACAUUCUCCUUUUCGUCCCGCAUAUGCAGUGGGGCGGCUGGAUCGUGCUGGGAGCCACACUUUUGAUUAUCGCGUCCAGCAUCGUUACUUGCGCCAUGCGAAGGACCUUGGUCAGUAGGAAAGCGCGCAAGAAGCGCAUCGCGGAGAACGCCGAUAUGAAUGGCGCUGCAUACUACGAGAACUUGGCGCAGAACCGCAUCAUGGUUGAUCGUUUGCCCAAGGGUGAUGUCGACAACUUGCCGAGAGCUGAAAGUCCGCCGCCCAUGAGUGGCAGUACUGCGGUGGAGAACAGUAGUACCUCGCAAUUUGCUACGUUUGAAAUGAAGAGGCAGGAAACGAGGAGCGAUAAUGGAGCCGGCGGAAGUUAUGCUGACGAUCGCGUCCCUUUGAACCCACAACGUGACCCGAGCAUUAGAUCUACGAGCACCAGCGGAGGCCCGAGACCUAUGUACGAUUCUGAUGCGCCCCCAAUGCCUCGACCAAGCCAAGAAGGAGGCGGACACAGACGUCCAAGCAGGGAUCAAUAUGGGAAUCCAAUCGCUGGGGGUGCCGCCGCCAUGGGGAUGGCUGCUCCUGGCUUGAGACAUGAGGGAUCGCAGGGAAACUUGGGCAGCAGCCGCAACAAUGCCUAUCCUCCCAGAGGUAGAGGCUACGGACCACCGACCAGAGGGUUUGGGCCUCCCAGAGGACGAGGAGGCUAUGGAGGCCCUCCGUUCGGCUUUGCUGGGCGUGGUCGUGGAGGUGGCUAUGGACCUCCCUCCCCUGGGUUCAAUGGGCCGUUCAACGCGCGAGGGAGAGGCGGGUACGGUCCUCCUCCGCCCGGAAUGAUGGGCAGAGGGAGGCCCAUGCCACCGCCUGGCUACGGAUCUGAUGUACACCCUGACUUGCCAAGAACAUCUUCUCCUCCUCCUCCUCCUCCAAUCGAUAACCAGUUCGUUGCUGGCCCUGCCAUGCCGAUUGGUCAAGCGAUCGAGAUGGACGAGCGUACGGGCAGCGCGGCAGGACGGCACGUUUACGAAAAUAACGCGUACGGCUUGAGAGACAGUGAUGGCGACGUUGCGGGCAUGGUGGGUCUGAUGCAAGGAAGAGCAGACAUGUCACCGACUGGUAGCCAGCCACUCGACUCGCCAUCAAGCUUAUACUCGGAUCAAAACCACCAUAUGUCACCUCAACAACAAUGGAGUAGCGUACCGUCACCUCUCCGCGCACAGCACGAUGAACCUGUGCAGAUGCCCGAGGCACACCUCUCCAGAGCGACUUUCGAUUCUUCUUCAUCAAAUCAUCAUUCAUCGGCGGCCGCGCCGUCGUCACGAGCGCUGCCACUGAGUCCGGUGCCAGCAUCGCCGAGCGCAUCAUCUGAACCCCGCCACCGCGCUACAGGGUCAGAGACAUACUACGAAGACGUUGAUCCUCGCUUCGCACAGGACGCAAGCCCACCCCCAGGUCAUCUACACCCCGCAAACCGCGAGUCCGGCAUCCCCAACGCCCUGACUCCCGGUCCAGGACAGAGACCUAUCUACCACGAUGGCCCUGCACAAUCACCUGUCUACCAAUACAGUGGCCAACACCACAAUCCGACGAGUCUCUGAGGAAUAAUGAUCAACAUCGUCACCUCUAUCAGCAGAACGUCACGCCUCCUAAUCACGAACGAGCAUCGAGUUUAGCUGGCUUUGAAGCUGGACGUGGAGUUCGAACAAUCCCCUCGGCAGAAUAUCUGGAAUCUAUCCCCGAUGGAGCGAGAAGUCCUGGUGCCGCAUCGGAAAGUAGCCACUUCACAUCGGUAUCUCAAAGAGGAAUCAAUCCCAAUUGGAGACCUGGAUUCCCAGUACAAGGUCCUGGGCCGCACUUUGGACCGAGAAUGACACCAAUUACAUCUGGUUCUGCUCCGCAUCAAAGAAGAAACGACGACGUGAUAUUGUCUGCAAAUCCAGAUUUUAGCCUUGCCGGCAUUGGGAUUCCUGGUGCGAGGGGCGGUACACGAAGGGCAGGGGGCGUCGCUCCUGCAACGGGCUUAACUCCUGCGGGGAGAUAUCCUACACCUGAUGUAGGCAUGGGCACGUAGCACCAUAUCAUGCAGACGGGGUAGAGGCCGAGUAUCGUGAGGGAUGCUUUGGCGAUUGGGUUGGUGGUGGUGUGCAUCUUGAUGGAUGCAUUAGAUGUCGGACCAAUCGUUUGAGAUUUGGAGAGCUCCUCCUCUUUUGUUACUACCAAGAUGUGGUAUAUAUGAAUAAGAAGAACCCAGCGGUUCUCGUAUAUUGGCCUAUAAGAUGCCUCUACUCGAGUAAGAGCGUCGAACAACUAUUGUUAAUAUAUAGACUCUAGUAAGCAUGACCAGUUCCGUGCAAAUAUUCUAGCAUAUUAUUGUCAAUACCUUGCUUCCUCCCGGUUUCAGCUCCAGUAGCUAUCCUCUUCCCUCGUCCUCAUCUCCUGCUCUCCCAUCUCCCUUGACGGGCGCAUCAUCAUCUCGCAUCUCUUCCAGCGGCAGAAAACUUGCUGCAACAUAGAGCAAUGCAGCAAUAGGUACAAUCACAAACCACACCAAAUGCCCAUCUGCCCACCCGAGCUUGAUUCCUAUCGCGUAGAUGGAUGUGAAGAGGGCGGGAGCUACGGCUCGAACACCCGAGUUGACGGUUAAUGAUAGGGCAUUUACAGUCCCGAGGACUUCGGGACGGGGGGAGAUGUCGUUGAUGAGGAGUUGGACGGCAGCAAAAGCCAUACUCACACCCGAUCCCAACACGAGCAUGAUUGGGGUCACGAUCCAAAAUGCCGUCUGCCACCCCGCGCGGAGGAAUUCGUUCAAAAUGGGAUAUGCAGCCAUGAAGAAAGGCCAGAGGAUCGCACACCACAGGAGCACUCUUCGACUCCCCACUCGCUUUUGUAGUGGAGGGAACACGAGAAGAAUCCAGAGUGCUUGGGCUGCGCCGACGGUGGCGAGAGAGUAACUGAUGUAGGCGGGAGAGAAGCCGAAUCCGGACUUUUCGACGGGUUCGUACAUGACUACCGGCAUGACUGCUGUGUAGCCUAGGGCGAGGGUCAUGGUGUGAGCGAGGAUGUAAAGGACGAGACCGACGCCUGGAGAGCGGAGGACUUGGAGGGUUGACAUGGGUGGUUCAGGUGGUUGGGUCGUGGAGGUGGAGGCGGAGGGUUUGCGAUUAAGGGUCUCCUUCAAAAAGAACAGAGAGCACAGUGUCCCGCUCAAGCAAAUAACACCUGCGACGAACGUGGCGAGAGCAUAUGGAUAAUCGACCAAGAAUUGUACUUUGCCGAACGCUCCAGGAUACUGUGUGGCAGGAUUGGCAAGAGCGCCGCCAAUUAAAGGUCCCACCAAAAUCCCCAUAUUCCUCGUGAACAUGUACCAACUGAAUGCCCUUCCCUGAGUUUCCUUGGUCGUGAUUUCCGAAAGCAUCGUCCUCACCGUCACUACCGAUCCGGCGAAUACACCAGCCAGACAUCGGAAGAAUAUCAUCUGCCAUAACGUCUUGCUCAAUCCGAAAAGUGCUGUGGCGAUACUGACGCCGGUCAGAGAGAAGACUAGAAUCGGUUUUCGUCCGACACGGUCUGCCAUUCGCCCAUAAAAGAUCAUCAGAACCAUCUGAACAAGAGAGAAGAGAGAUUCAAUCGUUCCACUCCAGAACCCAACAUCCUCUUCGGGGAGAUUGCCAUUGCGCGAGAGCAUCUCGUUGAUAAAGGGAAAAAUGGCAAAGUAUGCUACGGGUUCUGCCAGGGAAGCGUAGCAGAGGAUCAAGACUUGCUUGUAGGGCAUAGGCUGGGCUGAGUCUGAUUUCUGUUUGGAGGGAAGGCUGGAGAGCGUGGCAUUUUUGCUGAGGAGUUGGGGAGGA